CACUAAAUGGUUUUUCUAGAGUCUAUAUUCUCCAUUAAUGAUGAAUCGAUUACUAAACUAGUUGAUUAUUAUUUCAAUAAUCGUGAUUGAUCCGAUGAAUCGUCUCAGACUGAAUGAGUCAUUGUCGUCCGUCUUGGUUGGUAAAAUACUUUCAGUAUCAGGACUGAGGUUCCCGUAUCGAUGACGGGGGCUGGAGGACUAAAGGUCCAUCUGAUAAUCCUAAUCCUGUGGGCUGAAGGAUUAAGUUGCCCCCAGUACUGCACAGACCCGCAGAUUUCCAGGCGGGCGGAUGCUCCAGUUAGCGUCCGUCAGGCUUCGUCAGCGCGGCGCCGAGUGAUUCUGGGCCAGCAGCGGUCCCUGGGAGAGCCGCCUCGCCCAGAGAGGAGGAGGAGAAGACACUGCGGUGUAUUUAUAGCUAAAUGAGGCCUCACAACGGCCUUUUUUGGACAGAAUUAUUAAGGAAGUGAGGUGCGCGGUGCAGGCGUCCCAGUUUUCUGAUUACCAGUGUGCAAGCUGGCUGGCCUGAGGAUGAAUCAGGGACUAACUCCCUGACACACUCACAGAGAGACUCGCUGCACACUCACCCUCUGCUCAUGACGAAGCGGCUGCACUCUUAGGGUGGAGGAGCAUCUCCAGCCGCUGACCUGCUCUGCCUGCCUCUGGCCUCCCGGGACGUUUUACAGCUGGACUGACUGACUGACUGACCGGCAGGAUGAAGAGGUUCCUGCAGAACAAAAAGGGCAGAUACUCGUUCCGGCAAAGCAAACGUGGCCCUCGGUGUCCAUCUAAAGAUUUCUUCCUCAGCAUGCCGGCGUCCAACCAGGGCUGGCCCGAGGACUUCGGCUUCCAGCUGGGCGGAAGCGGACCCAGCUACAUCCUGUGGGUGGAGGAGGGCAGCAGCGCCCACCUGGCCGGGCUGCAGGCGGGGGACCAGGUCCUGGAGAUCGAGGGCCACAACGUGUCCACUCUGGCGCCGCAGGCCGUCAUCGCCAUCGCACAGACCCAGAAGAACAUCCCGCCCAGCAUCGGCGUGGUGUCCCGCAUCCAACAGAUGGACAUCGUUCCGGGUCCGGACAGUCGUUUUGGCUUCACCAUCGUGGGAGACUGCCCCCUGCUGGUGGAGGACUGCUCGCCGUGCUCCCCCGCCGGCCGGGCCGGGCUGCGGGCCGGCGACUUCGUCAUGGAGGUGAACGGCAUUCCCGUCAGGCACCACGAGAUGGCCGCCGCGCUCAUCAAGGCGUCGCAGGGCCGGACGCUGCGCCUGGGCGUGCUGAGCCUGGGGCCCCGGCACAAACGCAGCACCAGCCUGGAGGACGGCCCGGCGGGCGGCGAGUGGGCCCGGCUGGACCGCAAGCACAAGGCUCUGGAGUUCAACAUGAAGGUGGAGCAGCUGCUGGGCGAGGCCCCGGAGGUGAAGGAGAAGCUGUUCUCGGUGCUGAAGCAGUACGCGGCGGAGAAGAAGGUGGAGUGGCUGGCCUCGGCGCUGCCGGAGGUCCUGACCACCGCAGAGCAGCAGCAGCUCAUCUCCAGCAUCAGAAUCUUCGUCCCCAAGAAGCACCGGCAGCGUUUCGACGAGGCCGUCUCCCAGAACGUCAUCAACCGGCUCUGCCGCUCCAAGAGCAUCAGCGAGCCGCAGGGCCGCAUGCGCCGCAGCCGCAGCGAGGACCAGUCCGACCGCCGCCACGGCUCCAAGCGGGCCAGCUCCGUGCCCAGGGACGGCGGAGAACCGGAGAGGGAGCGGGGCGCCAGGAAGGCCGGAGGCCCCACGUACCCCCCGCUGGGGCCCAACCAGAGGGUGAUCCGAGUCUACAGAGGGAAGAAGAGCUUCGGCUUCACGCUGCGAGGCCACGCCCCCGUCUGCAUCGACUCCGUCAUCCCAGACAGCCCUGCUGAGGAGUGUGGCCUGAAACCCGGUGACCGCAUCCUGUUCCUGAACGGCCUGGACAUGAGGAACUGCUCCCAUGAGAAGGUGGUGUCCAUGCUGCAGGGCAGCGGGGCGGUGCCCACCCUGCUGGUGGAGGACGGCCCGUCAGACUUCUCCUCGGACCAGAGCGACCCAGAGGAACCCCCCAGUCUGGCUCCCGCCAUGGUUCCCCGGUCCAGGUCCCCGGCGCUCAGCUCCCUGCAGUGGGUGGCAGAGAUCCUCCCUCCCAGCAUUAAGGUUCAGGGUCGGACCUUCAGCCAGCAGCUGGAGCAUCUGCUGACCAUCCAGGAGCGCUACACCGUCUGCAAGGCCCUGGAGACUUUCUUCCAGCACAGGAACCUGGACAGCCUGAUAGUGGACGUCUUCCCGGUGCUGGACACGCCAGCCAAGCAGCUGAUCUGGCAGUUCAUCCACCAGCUGCUGACCUACGAUGAGCAGGAGCGCUGCCAGAGCAAGCUGUCUCGCUUCCUGGGCUUCAAGAGCAGCGUGUUGCUGGAUCCUGACGGCGCUCCAGAGCACCACAAGCGCAGCAGCUCCAUGCGGGUGACCGGAUCGUCGUAUCGCAGCUGCGUCAGGGAGAGGAGUUCUGACGACUGCAUCAUCGGGACUCACCUGGGAAUGGGAAUUCAUGUGGAUGAAUGUGGGAGCCCGGAGGAGAGGCAGUCAGGAGACGGGACCUCCUUCCCCGAGUCCCCGGACCUCAGCCAUAUGACAGGUGUGUACACGGAGCUGGAGAACCUGUACGCAGGGAAGAGCGAGUCGCCCGCAGAGCCUGAGGCAGCGGGGCAGACCGAGGCCUACAGCCGCUCUCUGUCCCCCCUCACUCUGCCCCCACUCACAGGCAGCAGGAAGUCGGGUCUGUCCCUGUCCUGGAAGGAGCCGCUCCCCUCCGCCGUCUACCAGGUGCAGCACCAGAGCAGCGUGGAGUCCAACCCCUACGUCAGCCUGGAGAGCCCCCCCGCCUCGCCGCCACGCCCCGCCAGCGGCCCCAGCACGCUGACCCGCCGCAGGAAGUUAUUCACCUUCUCCAGGCCGCCUCGCAGCCGCGACACCGACAAGUUCCUGGACGCCCUGAGCGAGCAGCUGGGCCACCGGGUCACCCUGGUGGACGACAACGACUACGAGGAGAUUGAUGAAGGUGGUUGUCAUGGUUACAGAGGAAGAGGGUUGUCUAUGAGCUUCCCAGAGGAAGUGGGCGUGGCCUUCCGGCCGCGGCGCCUCAGCAGCGGCAGCAGCGCGGAGCGCAGCAGCAGCAGCGGCGACGAGGACGCCCCCUCGCCCUCGUCCUCCUCUGGGUCGGAGCCCAUUCCCCCCCCUCCCGACCAGAGCCCCCCACCCCCCCCUCCCCUUCAGGCGCUGAUCCCGCCCCCCGUCCAGUUCACCGACCCGCUGCCGCCGGCGCGGUUCUCCCCGGAGCGCGCCCCCCGCGGUCGCGCCCCCUUCCAGCCGCAGCACCCCAUCAUCCCGCCGCCGCCGCCCCCCCCCCGCACGCUGCUGGCUGCGCGCUCGCCGCUGCUCAAGCCCACAAGGGAGGAGGUGGAGAAGGCCCGGCAGCGGUUCCGCUCCUCGGCCAGCCGCUUCUCGCAGGGCGCCGCCCCGACCUGCUGCACGCUACGCACCGCCCCCCCCCGCAGCACCCACCUCCCCCGCCAGCUCAGCCAGCCGCAGCCGGCCCCCCAGGACUCCCCUCGGCCGCUCCGGCCCAGCCAGCUGGUGCUGCAGCGCCACCAUCAGCUGCACCACCAGCACAGCUACCAGGGCCCGCUGCCCCCCUCCCUGCAGCACCAGAACCAGAACUCCUCCCUCCCCACCCACACCGGCAGCUUCGACACCCCCCCACUGGAGCCGCAGUCCCAGCAGGCUCCGCCUCCUCCGCCCCCUCCCCUCCCUCCGCCCUGUGACCCCCCCCCGCUGCCAGCGGACCAGCAGACAUCCGACGCCAACCACAUGAGCGUGAAGCGUCUGCGCUGGGAGCAGGUGGAGAACUCGGAGGGAACCAUCUGGGGUCAGCUCAGAGAAGACUCUGACUACGAUAAGCUCAGCGACAUGGUGAAGUACUUGGACCUGGACCUGCACUUUGGGACUCAGCGCCGACCCAUUUCUCCUACAGAACCAGCAUUCCUGCCAGAGAACCUGAAGAAGAAAGACGUGGUGGAGAUCUUGUCCCACAAGAAGGCCUACAACGCCUCCAUCCUCAUGGCCCACCUGAAGCUGUCUCCUGACGAGCUGCGCCAGGUUCUGUUGGACCUGAACACGGACCGGCUGGAACCGGCCCACAUCAAGCAGCUGCUGCUCUACGCGCCCGACCAGGACGAGGUCCAGCAGUACCAGCGCUUCCAGCAGGACCCGGCCAAGCUCAGCGAGCCGGACCAGUUCAUCUUCCAGAUGCUGACGGUUCCGGAGUACAAGACCCGGCUGCGCAGCCUCCUGUUCAAAGCCACGCUGCAGGAGCGCGCCGAGGAGAUGAAGGCGGCCCUGGACUACAUCUACAAGGCCUCAGUGGAGCUGAAGAGCAGCAGGAAGCUGGCCAAGAUCCUGGAGUUUGUCCUGGCGAUGGGGAACUACCUGAACAACGGUCAGCCUAAGAGCCACAGAACGACGAGCUUCAAGAUCAACUUCCUGACGGAGUUAAGCACGACGAAGACGGUCGAUGGAAAAUCCACGUUUCUUCACAUCCUGGCCAAGUCGCUGAGUCAGCACUUCCCCGAGCUGCUGAGCUUCCCCAGAGAGCUGCCCACAGUUCCUCUGGCCGCCAAAGUCAACCAGAGGGCCGUCACCACAGAGCUGAGCGAGCUUCACGCCACGGCCCAGGACAUCCGGACGGCGUGCCAGAAGCUCCAGGCCACGGCGGACGAUCACUUCGCUUCUGUCAUGAGCAGUUUUCUGGAGAACAGCCACCCGGCCCUGCAGUCCCUGGAGUCCCUCCAGUCUCGGGCCAUGGCCGAGUUCUCCAAGGUGGCGUCCUUCUUCGGGGAGGACAGCCGCUCCACCAGCACCGACUCCUUCUUCGCCAUCUUCGCAGAGUUCAUGUCCAAGUUUGAGAGAGCGCUGAGUGAGACCCAGAGUCCUGAGAACCCCCGCAGCCCCCGGCUGUCCUCCCCCCUGGCCUGGUAGGAGCCGCCGGGCCGACCGGACCGGACCGGACCAGACCAGAACUGGAUCAGGCGUUAGAUUAGGUGCUGAAACAGACAGAACAUUUCUGUAUGAAGGAGAAUAUUUAUUCUCAUUAUUAUUAAUAUUAUUAUAAUACUGUAAAUAUUAAAUUUCCCCAUGUUAGUAACUGAUGUUCGGUUUGUUCCGCAGCUCCAAUAAAUUCAUGUUUUCACUUCUGGAGAUCAUUUUUCAUCAGAUCAGAUUUCAGACCUUCGGAGCUGAAGCAUAGAUUUUACCAGCUAGAUUGGAUCUGGUUUCUGGAGGAGCUGCAGUCCAGAUUUACUCCAGAAGAUUCUAGAUUUAAUCUGACAUCAGUGACGAUCAGACGGCGAGCAAAGUCAAUAUUUAUUACGUAAAAAUGUUUUGAUUUUUUAAGAAGCUGGUAUGAAGAAAUUUCUGAUCUGAUAAAUGUUUUUCAUCUCUUCAGUCUGCGAUCCGUUAGAACCCGUUCUGAUCCGUUAGAACCCGUUCUGAUCCGUUAGAACCCGUUCUGAUCCGUUAGAACCCGUUCUGAUCCGUUAGAACCCGUUCUGAUCCGUUAGAACCCGUUCUGAUCCGUUAGAACCCGUUCUGAUCCGUUAGAACCCGUUCUGAUCCGUUAGAACCCGUUCUGAUCCGUUAGAACCCGUUCUGAUCCGUUAGAACCCGUUCUGAUCCGUUAGCCUCAGUUUGGUUUCAGGUUAUUAAUAAACUGAGUCCAGAUGUUUGCCGCUGCCUGCUGGUUUACCUGGUAACCAUGGCGACCCGUCCUGUUCAGUCUGUUUCUGAUCUUUCUAUGCAUCCUGCUUGUUGGCUCCGCCCCAAAAAUCCGUUUAUUUUCUUAUGAAACUUCUUCCUGUUCUGCGGCUUCAGUGAGGCGACGCAGCACAGCGGCAUGACAUCACUUCCUGUUGGGAUGUGCAGCUGGUAGCAUAUCUCUAGUUCCAGUAAGGUUCUGUUCUGGUUCUGUGGUUCUGGAAGCUUUUCUGCUUUAAAUAAAUUUCAUGUUUUGGA